GUUGAUCGACGUGAGUGCCAGCAAGAAUGUUUCGUGAGCUCGUCAUUUGUUAGAACAGUUCUAUAGGGGUUUUGUGUUUGAUAUAAGGGUAGAUGACUCGCAAGUGGACUGAUUUACGGAGAAGAAGCAGAAUCCAGAAAUCCUAGGGAGCAAAACUGAGGAGCUAAAAGUUCACGUUGAAAGUGGAACGUUAUUUUUAAGUGGAAAUAGUCAGCAUAAUUAUAUUUCUCCAACGACAACUUAUUAUCAAAAUGUCUCAUUACCAAGCACGGGAGCAACGAUUCGGUUGGGUUCUACGAAUCUUUUUGCUCUGUUUCGCCUUGGUCUCAUCCCACGAACCUGUGUCCUCAAAUUAUCAGAAUACACCAGGUGCCUCGACUCUGAAAAUAGAGGCGAAAGAAUCCGAGGCGUCGAUAACUCUGGGGAAGGAUCUAGUCCUCGGUCCCCCUUUGUCGACCAAGGCAUCGAUUGUCGCCGACUCCAACGACGUCGCUUCUACAAAAGUUCCCCACGUGUCUCCCACAAUCAUCAGUCGAGUGUUUUCCGGAGAGCAUGCCGUCUCCCAAAGACCCGUCUCGAAGGAUGCGGAUCCCCGCAGCUCUUACGUCGACAGCCUCAAGUCUUGGGCCGGUAAGAACCCGAAAACCUCUUGGAAGAGGGACAGCUAUCUCCAGGCACUGAUGCACUCGCGUAACAGCGACGAUCCGCGAGAGGGAAUCGUGCAGACGGACCUGAAGACAAAGACAAAUAGGAGAGAGUACGCGCUGGGGCCCAUUUACAAGCCUGAAAUCGAGUACGGUCCGCCUGAUUCGACAUACGCGUCGAAGAGCCCGCGAAUCACCUACGGCGGGCCCAACGCUCCUUCGCCCAGUGAUUCCCCUCGACCCUCCAGGCCGUCGGACUACAACGAUCGUUACGGCACACCGCAGAAUCCUUACGGUCCGCCGCAGAAUUCGUACGGACCACCGAAUGACGGUGCCUCAUUUUAUCCUCAGACUUCUUCGUAUGGGCCACCCGGAAACUAUCUACCGCCCCAACAAGGGUAUGGCCCUUCCAUACAUUCUUCCGUUCCAACUCCGGUUUACGGUGCGCCCUACGCGCUUUCGGAAGUGGCUCACGUUUCCCUGUUGCCGAGUAUCGACUUAGGACUGCCGCUCGCUCUCAAACUAAACGCAUUCACCAUCGCGAAAAUCAUACUGAAGUUGGUGAUCUUCAAGAUGAUCGUGAAAUUUAUCGCGGUAAUCUGCUUGCUGCUCUUCAUACCGAAACUCGAGAUUAUCAAGAAGAAGGUCUCUAAUAAUGACGACAACGACGACGACGAAGAACGAAAUUUCUCAUCCCCCUAUGCCAGCUUGGGAACUUUAAACGGCCUCGAAGAUAUAGUAAAGAGUUCCGUUGAGAAGUACGAGGCGGAAAAUAGUGCUCGUUUGAAUUCAACGGAGAAAUGCACGACACUUGCGUGUCGCAUCACCGACGCAUUUACAUUCCACGAAUCUUGGCAUAACUACUUAAAUUUAUUCAAGAGUUACGUAGAGGAAGAGAGGCAGCUCACGAAACGGCGAGGGCAGUGAGAGAAAUUUACAUUAUCAUCGAGC